AUGAAAUUUAUUAAAGAAAAUAAAGAUAAUAAAGUUUAAUUCAUCGAAUAAAAAAAAAUCAUUUAUAAGGGUAAUGUUAAAUUAGAAAAGUUCAAUAUUAAAAAAUUACAUUUGAACACUACUAGCAUAAGGGAAUAAUGUAAAAGUGAUUUGAGUCCAAUUAUUAAAUCAAAAAAAGCAUAAACUAUUUUGAAACAAUUGCUUAAUGAAUAAAAUUAACAGUAAAAUAUAUGUAUAAGUUUAGAGUACUUUAAGCUAAGUCUUCUCGUAAUUUUAAACUCAAAAGAAUUUCUGUAGAUUAUAAUUAUUCUAUACAUUUACCUAAUGUUGAAGAAUAUUUUCAUUCUCAGGAUAAAUUAUAAAUGCUAAAAACUAUUAAAAAUUAAAAAAAUAGAGUUGAAAAUCAUAUUGAAAAAUUAGAAAAAAUUAAAAAGGAAUUAGAUCUUUCUGAUUAUGUAUUUAACUAACAUAAAAACAUAACUUAUCAUUCAAAUACACCAAGUAAAUCUGCAAGAAGACAUACAAUUAAAUAAAAUACAAGUGGCAGCACUUUAUUUGGUAAAACAGAAAAUGUCAAAAGAUAAUUAUUAAUUAUUGAUAGUGAAGAUAGAAAAUAAAUAGAUAAAAAUAAAGAAAUUGAAUUAUAUAAGAAAUAUGAAAAAGUACGAGAUAGUAAAGUAUUACCUUAAUUAGUAAGUUAAAUUAAUGAAUCUUAUGAAGAAAAGAAUAAAUUAAGUGAAAAAUUCAAUAGAUAAUUAUAUUAUUGUAUACAUAACAGAGAUUAUAGUAUUCAAGAUAAAAUUAAAGAAUAUAAAAAUGAUAGUUUAUCAUAUUCUCAAUUUUAAUCUAUUUAAAAAAGAUUAAAAUAACAUUUGGAAGGUAGAUUUAAAGCAACAGAAAAUUAAGUUAAUAAAUUUGAAGAUGAACUUAAAAAUUUAGCCAAAACUAAUAGAUUAACUGAAAGUAGAAAGGAAUAAUUAUCCAGAAUAAAGAUUCAAUUAGAAAAUGGUAAUUACUUAGAAAAUUAUUGA